CUUACAGGCAGCGAGACGACUUCCUCACUCAUAGGCCCCAUGGCCUCUCCUAUCCCUCCUCAAUCACCACCACCAAAGCCUCCUCGCCGUGCCCGCCGGCGCUGGGUGUCCGCCGCCAUCUUUCUCCUCAUCGGUGGCCUCUCUGGUACUAUCCUCAGGGCAGUGAUUAGCCCGCCGCCACCACUCAUCGCGGGCAGCCCUGCAGACCUCGCCCUCAAAGCCGACAUCCAGGCUCGGGCCCUUACGCUGCCCCUCGUGAAGAAGCUCAUGGCAGACCCGGCAUGGUCCCAUCACGAAGCCUACCAAACGGUCCCUGUAUCCGACGAUACUCCUCGCAUUACCACCGGGCCCCUAGGCUCCUCGACGGGCAUCGGUGCCUAUCAACACAUAUUCGUCCAUGACGAUGACGCCCCCCAGCACCCCGUGCUCAACAUCCUCUACCUCGGCACCUCCACAACAAGCUGGCCAGGUGUCGUCCACGGCGGCCUCCUCGCCACCGUCUUAGACGAGCACGCCGCCCGAGGCGCACUGGCUGACCCUGCCCUGCGUUCCGCGAGCGUCGGUGUCCUAACCGCCAACCUCGAGCUACACUACCGCCGGCCCACGCUAGCGGGCGAGUUCUACGUCGCGCGAGCGCGAGCCAUUCCAGACACCGAGCUCGAGCCAAAGGAGCGCGGAAAGCGCCAGAGGAAGAUUUGGGUCGAUGUCUCGCUCGAGACUAUGGACGGGAAGGAGUGCGUUGGAGGAAGGGCGCUAUUCAUCGUUCCUCGUGGGGGGAAGGCGUUGCCGUCUGGCGCGGUGACGCUUCCUCCAUCUAAUCGUUGAGAUGGGACCAGGGGAAGGCGUAGUAUGUUAGGGUUGAUUGCAUACGGGGCCUUGUGUGGUUGUGCAGGUGAUGUUUGGUAGAUUUAUGCUGUGUAUCACAAUGAGGCCGCAGAGCAGAGGGUAUCGGGCAAGAAGACCACUGACCGAGAAGAAUACCUGUCUAGACACUUAUACCGCUAUUUCAGGGCAGCUGCAGGUUGAUCCAGGCAAGCCUACUGCUCUUCUUCACGACAUUUACAUUUAGAGAAUCCCCGUCAUGUUAUAUAAAGAGAAGAGUAUAGAUUAUAUAGAGUGUAAGACCUCCAUAUCGGGUGCUUGGCCAGGAGGAGCAUAAUGGCAAGAGUCAGUACAGGAUUGCGGUCGGCGAGCAUGUAUAGAGGGCCCAGGUAUACAUAUGGAGGCUUGUGUGAAAUCAUCGUAGCAUUAAUUCAUUAUAGC